AUGACAACUUUUAUGCCGCCAUUUUUUGAUUAUCCAUCUUCAACUACAGAAAAUCGUCGAUUUGUGGCUCGUCCGAAGAAGAAAAAAGAGGAUUGCUAUUCGGGUUUGAGUUUUGUGAUGGCGGCGACGACGACUGAACGAGCUGCGACACCGCAAAGUCCCAGUAAACAAAUUACGGUGAGUUGGAAAGGCGCCUAGACACAGUAGCUCACAAGCCUCGGAUCCUUGCCAGAGGACUUCUCAAGACGCGGCUCCUAGACAUAUAUGUUGUCUAGGCUCAGUCCCUUGAUAUCUAGGUUAUCUAGGCUUGGCUAUUUGACACAUUGUGUUUGAAAAAAAAAAUUAGGCCCAGAGAUUUUCAACUGCAAUAUUUCCAAAUCAAAAAUAUUUGGAAUUUCACAAAAAUUCAAAGUUACUGUAUUUUUUCCUAUGAAAUUUUGAUUUCAAAACCAUAUCUUCACAUUUUUUUGAAAAUAUAUAAUUUGAAAUAUUUCCCAACUUUUCCUAAAUUCCACAAAUUCCCUUAUUAUUACUGUAUUUCUGAUGAAAUUCCAAUUUUGAAAUCAAAAACCAAAGUUCACCUUCUGAAGCCCCACAAGUUCUUCUAGACUUCAAAAACCAAAAACUCGUGAUAAAUAACAUUUCGAACCAACUUUUCGUUUAUCAAUAAUUCAUCUCUGGAUUCUUUUUCCCCCAGAAAAAAACGUCAGCUGAAAAUUUUCACACAACCCUCAAAUCAGGUGGGAAAAAUGAUGUGAUUCAAUUUUGAAAGAGGUCAGCAUAAUGUGUAUUUAGUAUGAUCACUUGGCGCAUUGGCGCGAAAAAUAAACAUUCAAAAAGUGUUCGGGACGAUGCAUGAUCAAAUAUCAUUGGGACGAGAAUCCAGUUAACAAUCGAAUGUCUAAGUCUCUCACUAUUUCGUCAUUUUCUCCCUCUUCUCUAUUUCUUCUCUCUUUUUUCUACCUGUAGGCAUUCUUUCUGUCUUUUUUAUUUCAUCUUGCUUGUUCAAGUCAUUUCUGACAGUUUCUUUGGCUGGCGACACGAUUUUGCUAAAUGAUUUUAUUACAUUAUGAUACUUACCAAAGAUUGUAAGGUAUGCGAGACAUAUAAAUCAGUAGGAAAUAAAAUUUUUGAAAGGGAGAAAAAUAGAUUUUUCAGAAAAAUUGAUACCGGGUCAUGUGAUUCAUGUUUUUUUUUUGAAAAAAAAAAUAAAAUUUCGAAAUUUUUCAAAUUGUAAAAAAUUAUCAGAAGAUUUUUGACACUUGGAAUUUUCUAGAGCUCAAGUAGCCCCUCCUAGAAAUCCUAAUUGUCUAGGACCCGCGUUCAAGAACUUAACAACUGCCAAGUUCAAUUUGGUGUAGUUCUUUUGAAGUAAGCGUAACUCGAAACCUGACAUUUCUCUCAUAAAUUUUAAAUUCUUCGUCAUUUUUUCUGGUCUCAUGUUACCUACCUUUUCUGGAAAAAAAAACUUUAAUUCAAUUUUUUGUUUCUCACACCCACAUUUUUGUCCUUUUUCUCAAGAAAAACCCAAUCCUAGAUAUAUUUUCAAAAAGAAUGGAAGAAAAAAUGAGAAAUUUAUGAAUGCUAAUUUGUCAAAAAAUAGAGAAAUUGUACAAUUUUUUUCGGGCGGCCAGUUAUUAAUGUUUUUUUGUUUGCAGGUCGUCGAUGUCUAUGAUUUGGCCGCAUCGAUUGGAAAUGAUUUCGAGAAACUUAUCGAAAGUUAUGGAAAUGAAUGUGUUCGUGGAAUUAUGCCAAAGGUUAGAGAUUUAUUGAUUUUUUUCCAAAAACAAGAGAAAAACAAGGGCUGAACCGGAUUUGAUUGAUUGAUUGGAUGAAUCAUUGUUUUUACCCAAUGAUUAAUGGAUUACUGUAGGGGAUACUGUACUUUGAACUCAAUUUUUUUGAAAGAAAAAGGAAGAUAAGAGGUUCUUAAUGGUCUUACAUGCACAAUUUUGAUAGGGUUAUCAGCGCGGGAAAAUUUUGUUGAUUUUUUUUGUUAUCUGGUAUGACCUGGGGAAUUUUUGUACAGAAAAUUGAGGGAAAAAUUAGCACAAACAUUUCAUUAAAAAUUUGAAAGUUGAAUAUUCGCACCAAAAAUUACUUACAGUAACCCAGGCUUUUCUGAGUGCGAAAAUUCACAAUUCAAAAAUUUCAUAUAAAAAUUUGAAAAUUGAAUAUUCGCACAAAAAGUAACCUACAGUAAUCCUGGCUUUUCUGAGCGCGAAAAUUAAAAAAAUUUUCAAAAACUGUAAAGCUACGAAUAUUCUGAUAUUUCCAAAUUCCAAUCCAAAUUCAAAGUUAGUUUCUCAAAUUUUCCUAGAUUCCAGAAUUUCCAAUACGAUUUUUAAAAUUUUUGAUAACAUUUACUAGUCCCCAAAAUUUUCCCCGUAGAUCAAAAAGUUCCAAAAAUCCAGGAGCACAAAUCCUGCUCCAACCAUAUUUCCUUUGUACUCUCCUAAAACUUCAAUGAUCAUAUUACGAGCAACUUGGGUUUUUCCCAUUAUUAUUUUCAUUAUUUAUUAUUAUACCUAUUCUCCUUGUACCUGAAUAGGAAUGAACAUUUAUUUGUUUAGUAUAGUUCCGCUACAUGAAUAAUAGUUCCUUUUGUUUCACACGAAACAAAUCACAAAACAAAAAAAACUGAAUAAACAAAUCAAAAAAUAUUUCAGGUCAUCUCCGCGUUGGAAACUCUUGAAGCCUUAGCUGCUGGAAAUGAUCGAGAAAAUGAGGAGAUUAUGCGAUUAUCAAAAGCUGUUGAAAGAUUGGAACAUGAAAAACAUCAAAGACAUCAACAACAACAGAAAUUUGAAGAAGAGUUGGAACAAGUUGAGAAAACUUAUCGAAAAGAUAUUGAUGAUUUACAAAUUAUGGUCAAAAAUUUGAUGAGUGAAAAUCGUAAUUUGUCAACGACGGUUUCAUCGCUACCAGCUGAAGAGACACCAAUGACAUGUUCCAGUGAGUUUUGAUUUUGAAAAUGGAAAUUUUUGGAUGAAAAUUUUUUUUUCCAGUGCGCGACACGGAUUUGAAAAUGCUCCUAGAGCUGAAAGAAACUUCAUCACAACAGAAGGAAGAGAUUAAAACACUUCAACGAGAUGUGGAAACUUAUCAAUGUCAGGUUGAAAAUGUAAGGUUUUUUCAUUUAGAUUCUGGAAUUUCAGAAGCUCCUUGGAAUUUUGAGCUUCAGAAAAAGUUCUAGAGAUUUUUGAGCUUCUUGACAAAGUUCUGUAAAUUUUGAGCUUCAGAAAGAAUCCCUGAAAUUUUUAGAACUUCUGAAAAAUUUUCAAACAAAUGUUCAGCUUCAGAAAGAGAGAUUUUUGAGUUUCGGAAAAUUUUUUUAAAAAAAUUUAGGCUUCAAAAAGAAUUCUAGAGAUUUUUGAGUUUCAGAAAAUUUUAAAAAGAAAUUUUCAGCUUCAGAAAAAAAUUCUAGAAGUUUUUUUUAACUUCUAGACAAAAUUCUGGAAUUUUUUUGAGCUUCUAGACAAAAUUCUGGAAAUUUUUAGGCUUCAAAAAAUUUUAAAAAGAAAUUUUCAGCUUCAGAACGAAUUCUAGAAAUUUUUUAAACUUUUAGACAAAAUCCUGGAAUUUUUUCAGCUUCAGAAAAAUAUUCUAGAGAUUUUUGAGUUUCAGAAAAUUUUUGGAAUAAAUUUUAAGCUUUAGAAAAAUAUUUUAGCAAUUUUUGAGCUUCAGAAAAUUAUUCUAGCAAUUUUUGAGUUUCUAGACAAAAUUCUGGAUUUUUUUUGAGCUUCAGAAAAAUAUUGGAAUUUCUGAAUUCCAUAAGUUUUUUCCACAAAGAAAAUCAUUCCAGCUCCAAAAUUCGAUUGAAAAGUUGAUUCGACAAAAUGAGGAAUUACUCCGAAAAAAUGCUUCACUUCAAAAACAGGGACGAGUUAUUGUAGAGGAAAAAAUGGAAAUUGUGAAAAGGCUCGAAAAAACUGAAGAAUCCAAUAUUGAAUUGAGGAAACUUGUCAAAGAAACUGACAGAGCUUGUAAAGAUCUGCAAUUGGCGAAUCAGGAUAAUAAUGAGCCACGAUUCACGUUGAGCGAGUUACGAGAAGUUCUCAAAGAGAAAAAUAUAUUGAAAGGGCGGGUUAUGGAGUUGGAAGAGGAGUUGGAGCAAUUUAAGCCUGGAACUAAGAAGAUUGAAAUUAUGAGAUUGGAUGAAAAUGAGGAUGUUCAUGUUGUUGAACAAGGAAUUGCCGAGUUAGUUUUUUCUGGGUAUUUUUGAGUUUCAAAAAAUAAUUCAAGUAACUUUCUGUGUCAGGAAAAAACCUGGAAUUUUUUGAGCUUCACGAGAAAAUUUGCUGAAGUUUUUGAGUUUCUAGAAAUCGUUGAGUUUCAGAAAAAAAUCGAGAAAGUUUUUGAGCAUCAGAAAAAUUCUAAAAAUUCUUAGAGCUUUAGGAAACACUUGAAGGAAUUUUAGAAUUUCAGAAAUAUUUCUAGAAAUUGUUGACCUUCUAGACAAAAUUCUGAAAAAAAGUUUUGAACUUUAGAAAAAAAUUCUGGAGAUUUCCUUGAAGUUUCAGAAAAAACUGGAAAUUUUCGAGUUUCAGAAAAUAAUUCAAGUUAAUUUUUUAGUUUAAAAAACAAUCUAGAAAUUUCUGAAUUUCAGAAAAAAAAGAAUUUUUUGAGCUGCAAAAACAAGUUCUAGAAAUUCCUAGGCUUUACAAAAAUCCAGAAAUUUUUGAAAUCCAGAAAAAAAUUCUGGAGAUUUUCUUGAAGUUUCAGAAAAAUUCUAGAAAUUUUUGAAAUCCAGAGAAAAAUUCUGGAGAUUUUCUUGAAGUUUCAGAAAAAUUCUAGAAAUUUUUGAAAUCCAGAGAAAAAUUCUGGAGAUUUUCUUGAAGUUUCAGAAAAAUUCUAGAAAAUUUUGAAUGUUAUAAAAAUCAUAUAAUUUUUCAGAGCUCACUUAAAUGAAGAAACCUCUCCACGCAGUAUAAACGACGAAGAUCUGCCAGUCUACGGCCCACUUCCACGAGAACCCGAUGAAAAAUUAUAUCCCUGGAAAUAUGAGCGAAAAGAUUCAGGAGUCCGGAAAUUCUUCCGAUUCUUCAAAGACUUUGGCGCAUCAUCUUCUCCACGACGAAGUUCUUCAGCCACAGCUUCACCACGUCUUCCAUCUCGAGCAAUUCCACCAGUUCUCAAUUAA